AUGUCACUUGAGGAGGAGUUGGGCGACGUUGACGAUGCCGACUAUAACGGCGAGAGCCAGUACGCAAGCCAGCAGAGCAACUCCACGGUCAGCAGUCGAAUGAUCGAGAUGGGCCACUUCCUCGACGAACGUGACGACGAACGCUUCAAAUGGGAUGACGACUGUUGGGAGAGUGAUCCCAAGUGGCUGGACCCGGUCUACGAAGCGGGUCUCGACCUCUCGAAGCACAAGGUCUUCGCCCACAAUAACAAGGAGUUCCUCGCCCCUCCUGCACCCCUCACCAAGAAGCGAAAGCUGGGCGAGUCCGGCGGCACGGUCGUCUACAAGGUCGUCCACAGCUCGUUGUACAGGCGGCCCCUGGCCCUCAAGGUUAUCCCCUGCAGCGAUGGGUCGAAUCCUCUCGGCCCCGCGAACCCGGCGAGGGCAAACGCCUUGAGGGAGGUCCACAACAUGAAGGGGGUGCGGCACCCGCACAUCGUCGUCUACGUCGCCUCGUUCGAAGACUAUUGCAUGGAGAACAGGAAGCAGGUCCGCUUCACCAAGAAUGGGCGGCAGAGACACUUUACACGGCCCGUCAUCUCCGACCACAACCUCUGCAUCGCCAUGUACCCUCCGGCCUCACACAACCUACGCACUUUCAUGGCGGACAUAUUUCGCGACUCGGAUCACCGCUGGAACGAUUGGAAGCUGGUGCGCAUGCACUGCUUCUUCGGCUGCCUGGCCCAGGCCGUCACCUACCUCCACGGCUCCAAGGUCAAGAUACGGCACAAGGAUAUCAAGCCCGAGAACGUCGUCAUCGACGACUGGGGGAACCCGAUCCUAACCGACUUCGGCAUAAGCGUCCAGGGCGUGGGCACGUCGACGGGCCACACCGCCAAGACGGUCAAGUACGCGCCGCCCGAGGCAAACCAAGAGGACGGGAAGCGCGACCGGCGCUCCGACGUCUUCUCGCUAGGCUGCGUCUACCUGGAGAUGGCCACCGUCCUGCUCGGCAACCGCCCGGUCUACCCGGAGAGGUGCCUCCGGGCGAGCCUGGCCGAGGGCGAGGGCGUCGAAUUCAAGUACUCGGACGCGCUGGACGGCCUGCCGGCCUACCUCGGGGUGCUGGCGCGCGAGGCCGAGAUGCUGCGGGCGCGCGAGCCCGGCCGCGGCAGGUCCAUUGACGCCGUGCUCGCCGCGCUGCCGCACAUCGAGACCAUGAUGAGCGAGGACCUGCACCAGCGGCCCCAGGCCGGGUCCCUGUACCCGCGCUUCGAGCACCUCUGCGACGUCUACGAGGAAAGCCGCUGCGCGUACUGCGAGAGCGAGCGCGCCCGCUACGACCAGUCGGAGCACUCGCAGCCCUCGCAGCCGCUGGCGUCCGAUGAGCUGUUGCGGAUGAGUAGCGUGCCUGCCUGCAACGGCGGGCAGAGCUGGCAUACCGAGUACUCGGGCACGGGAGAUGUUGACGUGGGAAUGGGUGGCAUGUGA